ACAGCUCCUUGCCUUGAGCCCAGGAUUCAGGGAUAAGAGCGAGGUCACCCCGGCCGUGUGCUCGCCCCGCUCCCAUGCUCUCCAGGGCUGCACCCAUAGCGGGCAGCUUUCAGGCAUGCCGCUGUGCUGGAGGGAUCCCAGCCCUCGCGGGGGUCCACUGCCCAUUGCCUGGCCCCUCAGGAGCUCGGCCCUUCGAUCAGGUGCCGGGUGAAUGGCGAACGGGUUGGCUUAACCUGUACCACUUCUGGAAGGAGGGCGGCUUUCACAACGUGCACAACAUCAUGGCCAGCAAGUUCCAGCGCUUUGGGCCCAUCUACAGGGAGAAGUUGGGUGUCUACGAGAGCGUGAAUAUCAUCAGCCCCCGCGACGCAGCCACGCUCUUCAAGUCAGAGGGGAUGCUGCCCGAGCGCUUCAGCGUGCCCCCAUGGGUGGCGUACCGUGACUACCGCAACAAGCCCUACGGCGUGCUCCUCAAGACAGGGGAGGCCUGGCGCUCGGACCGCCUGACCCUGAACAAGGAGGUUCUGUCACCACAGGUGGUGGACAGCUUCGUGCCCCUGCUGAACCAGGUGAGCGAGGACUUUGUGCAGCGGGCACGGGCGCAGGUGCAGAAGAGCGGCCGGGAGCGCUGGACGGCCGACUUCAGCCACGAGCUCUUCCGCUUCGCCUUGGAGUCUGUGUGCCACGUGCUGUACGGGGAGCGCCUGGGGCUGCUGCAGGACUUUGUGGACCCGGAGGCACAGCAGUUCAUCGAUGCUGUCACCCUCAUGUUCCACACCACCUCGCCCAUGCUCUACGUGCCGCCUGCCCUGCUCCGCCACCUCAACGCCAAGACAUGGCGUGACCACGUGCACGCUUGGGAUGCCAUCUUCACACAGGCUGACAAAUGCAUCCAAAAUGUUUACCGGGACAUCCGGCUGCAACGCAAGAGCACCGAGGAGCACACAGGCAUCCUCUUCAGCCUCCUGGUGCAGGACAAGCUGCCCCUGGAUGACAUCAAGGCCAGCGUCACCGAGAUGAUGGCGGGCGGCGUGGACACGACUUCCAUGACUCUGCAAUGGGCCAUGCUGGAGCUGGCACGGUCCCCAGGCAUCCAGGAGCGGCUGCGGGAGGAGGUGCUGGCGGCCAAGCAGGAGGCACAGGGGGACAGGGUGAAGAUGCUGAAGAGCAUCCGACUGCUCAAAGCCACCAUCAAGGAGACGCUCAGGCUGCACCCGGUGGCAGUGACACUGCAGAGGUACACCACACAGGAGGUCAUCCUGCAGGACUACCGCAUCCCCCCCAAGACGCUGGUGCAGGUUGGUCUCUAUGCCAUGGGACGAGACCCUGAAGUCUUCCCCAAGCCGGAGCAGUUCAACCCUGAGCGCUGGCUGGUGAUGGGCUCCAAGCACUUCAAGGGGCUGAGCUUUGGAUUUGGGCCACGGCAAUGUCUGGGUCGCCGCAUCGCCGAGCUGGAGAUGCAGCUCUUCCUCAUGCAUAUCCUGGAGAACUUCAAGAUUGAAACCAAGCGGGCGGUGGAAGUUGGGACCAAGUUCGACCUCAUCCUCGUCCCUGACAAACCCAUCUACCUGACACUACGGCCCCUCCAGCGCCAGGAGUGACAUGGGGUGUCUCCAGUUGGUCCCAGCUUGGGGGACACCUCCAUCAGCUCAGUGCAUUCAGUCUUGGCUCCAGCCCUGCUUACGCCAUGGGGCAGAUGGCUGUCCCCUUCCCAUUUUGCUUCGCCACUGAUUUGCUCUGUAUUUUCUGCACCAAAAGCAGCAGAUCCUUGUGAGCAUGAA